UUUUCCAACUUAAAUUCUGAGAACAAGUUGUUGAAGGACAUGUGCAAAACAAGUUCAUGGAGAGUAGCUACUCGAAAAAAAUCAUGCGCUGUCAAACACCUGUGAAGACAUCAUUAUAUCUGUGUAUAAAUUCAGUUAUUUAUAGCUGCAGCGAUCAAGUUGAUAAUCAUUAAUAAAAAAUUAAAGGUUCCCCCACUAAAUCUUUGUGAUUUGAUUCACUCUAGUCACUGAGAUCCAGUCCUGCUAUGAACUUCCAUCGAAGGAAAUGAUGUUACGUGCCAAUUAUCUACGGAUUUUUGUUGUUGUUAUAAUUCUAAACGUCGCACACAAUCAACAAUUUAUCGGUGAUGUUUGUACCUUGAAAUCAUCUGGUGCAUCUGGUGUUUGUAAAUUAUUUAUUGAUUGUCAACAAGCUCGUGAAGAUAUUCAAAAACAUGUUUACCCUCAAACGUGUGGUUUUGAAGGAACACAAGCCAUUGUAUGUUGUCCCGAAAAUCAGAAAAUACAACAAAAGCCGAAAAGACAGCCAGGUGAAAUAAGUCAAAAAAAAUGUAGAGAAUAUUCUGCAUACAUUUAUGAAGUGACAAAAUCGCCAGUUUUGUUAAUCAGUACAACCGAUCUCAAAAGAAAUGAGUGUGGACAUGAAGUUGUUAAGUUAAUUGUUGGUGGAGAAUUAGCAGGACGAAAGGAGUUCCCACAUAUGGCAGUAAUUGGAUUCGAACCAUCUGCAAACGAAAAAAAAUGGCUUUGUGGAGGCACUAUUAUAAGUAAACAAUAUAUUCUUACGGCUGCACAUUGUUUAAGCCACCAUGAACAUGGGGAAGCUAAGUACGUAAGAAUCGGCGUAAGCGAUUACAACGACAAAAAUCGCAGACAAGAGCUGACGGUGGAAGAACGUAUUCCUCAUCCAGAAUACAGAUCAAGUUCACAUUAUCACGAUAUCGGUCUUUUGAAACUAGAAGUUGAAGCCAAAAUGAAUCCAUAUGCAAGACCAGCUUGUCUUUUUCUAAAAAAAGAAAUCCCUACUGAAAAAGCAAUCGCAACUGGAUGGGGUCACACCACUUGGGCUGGUGAAGGAAGCAAUAAUUUACUUAAAGUAACGUUGGAUCUUUUUGAUCACAACACUUGUAAUACAUCGUAUAAAAGUCAAGUUUCAAGAAGACUGAAGAAUGGAAUUAUCGAUGAAAUGCAAAUUUGUGCGGGAUCAAAGGCAGGCGAAGAAAAAGAUACAUGUCAGGGUGAUUCAGGUGGACCACUUCAAAUCUAUCACAUUGGUGAUGAAAUAAAAUGUAUGUACGAUAUAAUUGGAAUAACAUCGUUUGGAAAGGGAUGUGCUGGAAGUCCAGGGGUGUAUAUACGAGUGUCGCAUUAUGUUAAAUGGAUCGAAGACAUAGUCUGGCCUGAAUCAUAAUAUCUCCUACAGAAAUGGCAAUUUUAUGAAACUUUUUUACUUGCUGCAAAAUAAACUAAAGGCUUUGUAA